AUGUCGGGUUGGAAAUACGCCUUUUCACUCUCCAAGGCCGAGGUGAAGGAGGCCACACCGCCCGGAACCGUCGUUUUGAUUGGAAAGGCCGAUCCAGAAGUUGGCGACAACGGCGACGUCACAAUACGAUUCCCUCGACCCUCGGCAGAUCCAGCAGACCCUCUCAACUGGGCACCAUGGCGGAAGCAUACGGUCCUGCUCGUAGCAUCACUGUUUGCUCUCUUCUCCAACUUUACUUCGGCCAGUCUCGCGCCCGGCCUUUCGCUAUGGGCCAUGAACUAUCCCAAUGACCCGAGACCAUUCCCCAUAUUGGCCCGACUGAUGGCAGUCAACGUGCUGUUCCAGGGCGCGGGCAACAUUUGGUGGGUUCCAUUGUCGAAUAUUCUGGGCCGCCGGCCGGCUCUCAUCGCCGCGACCUUGAUGUUGACCCUUUGCACCAUGUGGUGCGGUCUGGCGACCGACUAUAACUCUCUUUUGGCUGCUCGGAUCUUCCAGGGAUUCGGUAAUGCUGCAGCCGAUACGGUAGCGCCGGCUCUGGUUGGUGAUAUUUAUUUCAUGGACGAGCGUGGUCGUGCAAUGACCCUGUACACUGUGUGUCUGGUUGCCGGGCCUAUCAUCGGAGGUAUUGCCGGUGGAUAUAUUGCCUACACUAUUGGCUGGGCCUAUGUAUUUUGGGUUGGAACGGCUCUCUCGGCUGCUACUUUCGUCGGUACGGUCUUGCUAGUCCCCGAGACUCUUUACUUUCGGGAUGAGGUAGUCGAUGGAAUGAGACAGGGCGAGACCGCCGGCUUGUCAAAGGAGACUGCAGCCCACCUCGAGCAGACGCCGACCCGCAGUACCAACUACCGACCUUACACGUUCGCGCGGUCCCUGGGCUUCAUCAAACCUCCCGGUGGCUGGCUGCACCACUUUAUCCAGCCUUGGCGCACUCUUGCUCUGCCUGGUACCUGGGUCGUCAUGUUGCACUAUGGCGGCCUGGUCGGCGGCAUCGUGACCAUUUCGACCAUUGGCCCGCAACUCGUCGCGGCGCCACCGUACCUGUGGGCCGGCAACGCGGGACUCAUCAAUAUCGGCGCCUUGAUUGGCUGCAUCCUCGGUGCCAUCUACACAUACCUGCUUUCUGACUCCCGCCUCAAGAGCCAAGCCAGACACGAGAGCCAUGGCUAUGCCGAGCCCGAAAGUCGUCUGCCCACCAUGUUCCCGGCCCUCGUCAUUGCCACGGGUGGCUUUUGGGUGUUUGGUUUUUGUGCGCAGAACCCGUCGACGACUGGCUGGGUUGGGCUGCAGGUCGGCUACGGAAUGAUAUCGUUCGGCUUGAUGCAGGUUCCUAGCAUUGGCUUCAACUACCUGAUCGAUGCCUAUUCGUACCUUGCCGCUGACUGUUUCGUCAUGGUAACCAUUCUGCGCGCCAUCAUUGCUUUUGCGUGGACAUUUUUCGUGUCGGACUGGAUUGCCAAGGACGGUGCUGCUGAAGCCUUUGGUAUUUUCGGCAUGCUCAUGGGUGUGUUUGGUCUCUUGACCAUCCCCCUCUGGCUCUAUGGAAAGAGGAUGAGGAUUGCCACCGCCUCCGUGUUCGGCAAUUAA